CCUUGUACAUGGUGAUUCUGAUAGAUGGCUGGAUCUAAUGGGACCUUUGUUCUGGGCUCUCCCAACUCUGCCACUAAGUGUGGUUUCAUCAAGCACAUCCAUUUGCAACUCCUGACCUCUGUCUGACUCUUUAUUAGUAAAAUAGGAGACUUGAACUAACUUGCUUAUCUCUGAGGUUCCUUCCACUAUGUUAAUUCUGUGAUACUCAUUUCGGGCCCUCCUGGCUGAGCUGUGGAGGGUGAGUGAGAUCCAGAACCAGGUUGAGAUGGUGGCCUCAACAAUCUGGAUAUGUAUCCAGCAUCCGAUCUUCUGAAAACUCUUCAGGGAUGGAGGACUUGGGCCUUUUAUAAUAUGAAAGCUAGAGGAUUGGGUUCUAUGACAAACAGAAACGGAUGUUCUUAUAUAAAAGCUACAUCAGUUGAACUUGAAGGGUCAAGAUACUGUAUCACCCAGGCAUGCUCAGCAGUCCCUGUCCUAUGCAACCGAAGAAAGGUGAAAAACACGUUAUCCACCUGCAUGGAUGGAGCUUCUCCUCUCUCUGAGGCUUCUCAAAGCUAGCCCUGUUGUCGUGCAGCCUGUCAGACCAGGGCCAUGAAGAGCCAUCCAGCAGCCCCUUUUCCAUCUCACCCACCCCUUAACAAAAUAAAAAAGAGCAGUGACAGAAAUGACAAAGUACAUUACCCUGGAAAUCGCUUGGGUCUGGGUAGCAGUAUCUCUACCCAGGCUCCUCUGAGGCUUGUCUGACCCAACCUCCAACGUAAUCCUUUACUUCUUACAGAUACAAGGGAUAAAGCAGCACUACAUGACCACUUCCAAAUGGCCCUCCUUUGAGAUCCGAGGAGUAACUCCUCUUUCAGCCAUGUCACAACCCAGAGUAGGAGAAGGCCGCAGCCCUGUGAGACAAGAAUGUCAGAUAUCUCAUUGACCCAUAAGCUCCUAUACCAGGGCAUCAGAUGAGGGAAGUGGAAUCAGGGAAUCAAAAUGAUUUAGGAAGUGUGGGGCUUGGCUGUCCUACCUCCAAAAGUUUACAGUCCUCACGGAGAAGCAGAAGCAGACGUUGCUUACAGAGGAAAAAACCCUGUGUGGUAGCUUUUGCCUUCUGUCCAGUGUUAACGAGACCUGACCAUUAGACCCUUACUCUCCCAGAGCCCCUCAGGUGGAAGUCCCAUCCUGGCUUUUUUCAGUAGCUCAGAGAAGUCCCUUCACUUCACCCAGGGGAUAAGGUUUUAGAAUGGGGGAAGGAUGUCUCAGGGGGCACUGGAGAGAAUAAAGCAGUACUAUGCAUGGUCUACACUCCCUUUCAGGAUGGCAGCAAGGUACCCCUCCAACCACCAAUGGAUAAAGAAUGCAAUCUAGUCUGGCUGACAGGAGACCUCUGAGAAUUCAAAGUCUCCUUUCUCACCAGUUUCCAGCCUUUGCUUCCUAAAGGUUUGAGGCUAGAUCGAUGCUUGAGGGUGUAAAAACAUGACCACAGGAAGACAGUGGCUGAAAAAAAUCAAAAGCUAGUUCCUCAAGUAGGUCUGGGGCAGGUAGACUCGGAGAGGUGUGUGGACCUCGGGGAAGGCUGUUUAUAAUUUCAUCUUUACGUUCAGUCAUCCAAAGUCACCUAAGUGAGUAUGCAGCCUGAACAGACACUGCCCUUCCUUGAAUUUAGCCAGAACUGACCUGUACACAGUAGAUGAAAAACCAGGACACAGUGGCUUUGGGGGAUGGGAGGAGUCAGGGUCCAGCCCAGCCCAGACCUCCCCGUGUCCAAUUUCUCUGUGUCAGCUGUGGCGCUCAGCUGUCCACUUUCCUCCAGCCCUGUCAUUUCAGCUCUGACACCAAGGCGAGAGACUAGGAGGUCUACAAAUAACGUCUGGGUAGCCGCUGUGAGUACAGAGGGUACUGGGGGGGCUUAGCCCCCAAGGAAGAGGACCAGUCGUCCCCCAGCACCACCAUCAAGACCCCAGGGGCUCCCUCUUUCCUCCACAGACUGUGGACUGACUUAGGGAAUCCCAAACGUAAGUUGCCUCUUCAUCCCCCGUCCAUUUCCAGCACUGCUCCCUGCAGCUUCCCCAAUCUGUAGUCUAUUCAACGUCUUCGUUUCUCUCUUGCCUGUGAGUAGUUAGGGUUUUAGGAGUGAAAUUAUUACUCUACUCCAGGACAAGAGCUAGGAUUGGAGGGUGGGGUGGGGGUGGGGUCAAGGGAAUGGAGUAGUAAGGGAAGGAAAGGCUCAUAUUACUCUGAAAACUUAAAAUAGCUGAGGACUGAGGCAGGCUGGGAACUAGGCCCUGGGCCCCAGGGACUCAAAGGGGUAGGGGAGAGCAAAUGUCCCAGCCCAUCCCUCCAGGCAUGCUUCUGGACCCACCCAUUAAGCCUCUUGAAGAAAGUGGGUUCUGGGAAGGUGUGUGUCAUAUCUCGGUUGCCCACAGAUUCCCAGGAGAAACAAACUGUAGGAAAAUCCCUGAACCAUGCAGCUUUGAGCACCAUGUUGGGGCUAUAAAUUUGGGUUGCGCCUCUGGGUGGAAAGGAUGGGUAUCUAGCUGUUUGAGGAACUGGUGGGGAGUCUUUUGUCUGUUGCACUUUUCUCUGGACCUCCACGGAAUCUUUCUGUUCAUAAGUCUGUCAAAGGAUUUCUGUUUAACCAAAGUCCUCCCAAAGUCUCCCUUUCAAGGACCACACACCACCACCACCACCACCACCACCCCCCCACCCCCGCUACAGUGAGGGACAGGAAUUAGGAAAGGAAGAAUGGCAGUCACGGAUCAGAUUCCAUAGUGGGUCCAACCUCUUGCAGGAUGACAGAAAAGGAGGUGCUGGAGUCCCCCAAGCCCUCCUCCCCAGCAGAGACUCGGCAAAGUGGGCUACAGCGGCUGAAGCAGUUAUUCAGGAAGGAGUCUCCUGGGACGAAGGAGAUGGAGCUUCCCCCAGAGCCCCAGGCCAAUGGGGAGGCAGUGGGAGCUGGGGGUGGGCCCAUCUACUACAUCUAUGAGGAAGAGGAAGAAGAAGAGGAGGAGGAGGAGGAACCACCCCCAGAACCUCCUAAGCUUGUCAAUGAUAAGCCUCACAAAUUCAAAGAUCACUUCUUCAAGAAGCCCAAGUUCUGUGAUGUCUGUGCCCGGAUGAUUGUGCUCAACAACAAAUUUGGGCUUCGCUGUAAGAACUGCAAAACUAACAUCCACGAACACUGUCAGUCCUAUGUGGAGAUGCAAAGAUGCUUCGGCAAGAUCCCCCCUGGUUUUCAUCGGGCCUAUAGCUCCCCACUCUACAGCAACCAGCAGUACGCUUGUGUCAAAGAUCUCUCUGCUGCCAAUCACAAUGAUCCUGUGUUUGAAACCCUGCGCACUGGGGUGAUCAUGGCAAACAAGGAACGGAAGAAGGGACAGGCAGAUAAGAAAAAUCCUCUAGCAGCCAUGAUGGAAGAGGAGCCAGAGUCUGCCAGACCAGAGGGAGGCAAACCCCAGGAUGGAAACCCUGAAGGGGAUAAGAAGGCUGAAAAGAAGACACCUGAUGACAAACACAAGCAGCCUGGCUUCCAGCAGUCUCAUUACUUUGUGGCUCUCUAUCGGUUCAAAGCCCUGGAGAAGGACGAUCUGGAUUUCCCGCCUGGAGAGAAGAUCACAGUCAUUGAUGACUCCAAUGAGGAAUGGUGGCGGGGGAAAAUAGGGGAAAAGGUUGGAUUUUUCCCUCCAAACUUCAUCAUUCGGGUCCGGUCUGGAGAGCGUGUGCACCGCGUAACGAGAUCCUUCGUGGGAAACCGCGAAAUAGGGCAGAUCACUCUCAAGAAGGACCAGAUAGUGGUGCAGAAAGGAGAUGAAGCCGGCGGCUACGUCAAGGUCUACACCGGCCGCAAGGUGGGGCUGUUCCCCACCGACUUCCUGGAGGAGAUUUAGGCGUGCAGGCGCCUGCUGACCGAAGAUACCCAUGCCCCAUUCUGGGCAGGCCCAGUGGAGGCUGGGGAGGAAAGGGGCGAAAGCAACUAUGCUGGAAGGGGAGAGGGGUGGGAAGGCCCGCCAGAGCGUGACGGGCCUUCUGGGAAGGGACUGGUUCCCGCCCCCCCUCUCCCCCGGCCUAGGGCCUUGGAUACCUGGUACCCAGAACGGCCUCACCUGCAACUCCUCAGGCCCAGCCGUUGAGAGCUGGAAAAAGAACGCGUCUCCACUAGGAGGCGCCCUGGGGGUGUGGGAGGCGAACUGUCGAAUGUUGCGAAUGUAUUAAAGUUUUGAAAAAAGUUAGA